GCAUACUCUGCUGCAAACAACCCUGCCCACUGGCCAUUUGCAAAAGUUGUGAAUUCCUUGAACAUUUGGAGUCCUUCGCAGUGUACAAGUGAAUGUUUUAUUCCACACUGCAGAUAACACAACAGGGGUUGUGGCAACAUGAGAGGCUGUACUGCUGUGGUCUUCUGUGUGGUAGCCGUCACUGCAUGGGCAGCCACUGCAGAUGCCAAGGAGUUAUCCAUCACCACUAUAAAGGAGGACCCGUACACCAUGAGCAGCGGCUCUGACCUGGAGGGCUUCUGCAUGGACCUAAUAUCAGAGCUGUCCAAGGCGCUGGGCUUCAAGUACAAGGUUCACCUGGUGAAAGACAACCGCUACGGAACCAGUGACUCCAGCGGCAACUGGAACGGAAUGGUUGGUGAGAUCAUCAGAGGGGAGGCAGACUUGGCUGUGGCCCCGCUGACCAUCACUGCGAUCAGGGAGCAGUCUGUGGACAUGACGACUCCCUUCAUGCAAACAGGAAUAGGCUUCAUCUUGCGCAAAGACUUGGCCUCUGAAGAGAGAACCUUCAGCCUGCUGUCGCCCUUCUCCACCAGCAUGUGGGUUGGCAUCCUCAUCGCCUUCCUGCUAACAGGACUCUGCAUAUUCCUGGUGGGCAGGAUCAGUCCCAAUGAAUGGGCUGAGCCGGACACAGAGGAGCACAGUUUCACUCUGCUGCACAGCUUCUGGUACAUCGCCGGAGCUCUCACCCUGCAAGGUGCUGGUCCUCACCCUAAAGGCCUGUCUGGACGUGUAGUCAGCGCCAUCUGGUGGCUGUUUGCUAUAAUGCUGCUGGCCUGCUACUUCGGCAACUUCAACUACAUGCUGCAGUCCAACAACAAACAUGUCUCAAUCAAGAGCUUUGAAGACCUCGCUAACCAGGAUGCAAUCGAUUAUGGCACAGUCGAGUCUGGAUCCACCAUGUUUUUCUUUAAGAGUUCCAAGAACUCAUUGUAUCACCGUCUCUAUGAGCACAUGGAGCGUAAGAAAAGUUUUGUGUCCAGCACGGAGGAAGGUCUUCGCCGUGCCCGGGAGGGAAACUUUGCCUUCAUUGGUGAAGCGGUGUCCUUGGACUUGGCAGUGGCUCGCUACUGUAAACUGGUCCGAUCGCAAGAAGUCAUCGGUAUGAGAGGCUACUCUGUUGCAGCACAGCUGGGUUCCCCACUGAUCAAAAACGUAACCAAUGCAAUCCUCAUGCUCAGUGAGUCCGGCAAGCUAAUGUUCCUGCGGCAAAAGUGGUGGGCCAGCAGCUGCUUGGGGGCCGACAGGGAUCACAUCUCCGAGGGCCUGCAGCCUAAUGACCUGCGGGGCAUCUUCGUCCUCCUGGGCAUGGGACUGGGAGUUGGACUUCUGCUGGCCCUGCUGGAGCUCUUGUCCAGGGCCCACAACCAAGCUAAGGAUGGCAAGAAGUCGUGCUGCUCGGUGCUUACAGCAGAGCUGAGCCGGAGGUUUGGCUGCAAAGGGGAGAGCGCAGAGCAAGAAAGCCCAGACAAAAGCAAAGCCUAAAGGAAAAUGUAACAUAUUUGCUUUUGAUAAGGUUGUGUCAGAGUUUUCGUAGUAACAGCCACGUGGUUUGUGGUCGUAAAGUUUAUUUUUUGUAAGUUUGUUUCCAGAAAGGCUUGGUGACCACACAGACCACAUUAUCAACUAAUAGCUACACAGAUUAGUCAACAAACCAAGGGACAUUGAGCUUCUCAUCAGAUAUCCACUCCUCACUUUGAUCUCAUAAACAUACAUCUCUUGAUAUGUGUAACUGUUUCUACAUGCUCUUUUAUUACAAAAAAUUCCCCAAUAUCGCUAAUGCUCUCUUGUUUCAAAGUAUAUCAUGCAACUUUAUUGUUUGUGUUGAAAAUUUGUUUUUGACUACAUCUUAGCAGAGCUAAACAUUAGAGACAACAAUAGAAUAGAAUAGAUCUUUAUUGUCAUUGUAACAAGACAACGAAACACAGUUUAAGCAUCUCACAAGGUUGACAAUAUGAAUAGCAAAAUAUAAAAAUAUUGCAAAAUGUAAAAUGUCAGUAUAAAUAAACACUGUGAGGUGGUACUAUAUACAAAACCAGGUGGUGGGGGAGGGGGGGUUGCCCUUCCAGUUCUUAGGGUGGGGUUUUAUUGUACUAGAGUCUUCAAGAGCGAGGGGAUGAAGGAUGGAGGGAAGGAGGGUUUGUGCAUUUUACUGCCUGAAGGAAGAAGCUGUUUUUCAGUCUGUUUGUUUUAGAUGUGAUUGCUCUGUAUCUUUUUCCAGAAGACCUGAGGAGAACAGUUAAUGUCCAAUGUCAUGAAUGACAAUAAAGGGUUAUCUCAUCUGCAAAACUAUGAGAUGAUUUUUUGCAAAAUGACUGUAAAAAAACUGUAGAAAACCUGUCCUAAUAAAUGUUUUUCAUAUGA